AUGUUGAAUUGGGAAGCGUUACAUGCAACAGAAUGUGGCAAUCCAAAAUUAAAGAAAUUUGGUGGAAAAUACAAAGACUUAUCACCGAGAGCAAGAUUUCGCUGCUGGCUAGGGUAUGAAAGACCAUUUGACAGACACGAUUGGAUCGUUGAUCGGUGUGGAAAGAGCGUUCGUUAUGUGAUUGAUUACUACGAUGGAGGUUCUAUUGACACAAACACGGGAGAAUUCACCAUCCUGGAUGUCAGACCUGCCUUAGAUUCGCCAACUGCAUUGUGGGAUAGGAUGAAAGUUGCUUACUGGAGGUGGAGGUUUGCAGACAAACAGACUGACCAGGUGGUGGAGCAUACUGCCUCGCCUGACUCUGCUAGAUAGUAUGCAAGAAUGUUUAAAAUCAUGAUCAUUUUGGGUGAUUUAGAAUAACAUGUUUUCCAUUCAAGAAGAAUAAACUUGACAUUUAUUAGUGAAUCAAUGUGAAAAUUA